AGCAGCUCUGAAAUCUAUUCGCAUCCCUGGAUUGACUGAUGGGUGAUUUGGAUGGAGAUGAAGGCGGUGGUGUCCUGUACCGGGCUUAUGCUUCUAUUUGCGUGGCUUUCUCCAAGCCAAGCCCUUUAUUUCCAUAUCGGAGAGACGGAGAAGAAAUGUUUUAUUGAAGAAAUACCCGACGAAACCAUGGUGAUAGGGAGAUACAGAACACAGCUGUGGGACAAACAGGCUGGCUCUUUCCUCCCAUCCACCCCUGGUUUAGGCAUGCAUGUGGAAAUCAAAGAUCCUGAUGCCAAGAUCAUCCUGUCCCGUCAGUACGGCUCGGAUGGCCGUUUCACCUUCACGUCCCACACACCAGGAGAGCAUCAAAUCUGCCUCCACUCCAACUCCACCAAGAUGGCGCUGUUUGCUGGGGGAAAACUGAGAGUCCACUUGGAAAUUCAGGUUGGUGAACACACCAACAACUACCCAGAGAUCGCAGCUAAAGACAAACUGUCCGAGCUGCAGCUGAGGGUCCGACAGCUCCUGGACCAGGUGGAACAGAUCCAGAAAGAGCAGAACUACCAGCGGUACCGUGAGGAGCGUUUCCGUAUGACGAGCGAGAGCACGAACCAGCGCGUUCUGUGGUGGUCUAUCGCUCAGACCAUCAUCCUCAUCAUCACAGGAAUCUGGCAAAUGAGACAUCUCAAGAGCUUCUUUGAGGCCAAAAAGCUGGUGUGAAGAUCAGAUGGCAUCACAGAGACAAUAACUCAAGUAACAUUCAUUGCCG